GUUAUAUUAAUAAAAGAAUAUAUGGUCAUAACUAAUUAUAAGAUCAAAUUAACAAUAAUAGGAUAAAAACCUUUAAAUAUGCGUAUCCUCCUGGCAGUUAUUUAGAAGUCCUGGUGCUUUGUGGUGCGAAUCCUACGUGACCUAAUUCAACAAAAUGUGGCCGGAGAUCCUAUUAUUCACAAGCAAGUUGAAUGGAAGUUUGAUCCAGAAGUAUCGAAAAAACGACGAAAUAUGUUCUAUAAAUUGCAUGGAUAUAGAGCUGACAAGCUCAUUGAAAGGCUAGGUUUAGGAAUUGAUGGACAAGAAGAGGAAAGACUUGCAUAUCAACAGGCACGUGAUGCAGGUCAUUUAGGAGGACUUAAUUAUUACCGGGAUUAA